AUACAAAUAGAAGCACCAUUCUAGUAAUUGACCUUGUUUUCAGAUGUGGAGUCCAGACAAGAAAAAGACCUUAGUUUCCCACCUCCAUUAAUGGAGGGAAGUUUAUAAAAUCUCUAAAUUUCUCUCUCUCUCUUUCUUCCAAGUUAAAAGAAAAGAAAAAGCUACACCAUCUUCAAUUUCUGGCGCCAUUUGAAGGAAACCUGUCUUUGUUUCAAACUUCACCUUCUUUUCUUCUCUCCCGCUUCUAAUUAAACACAAAAAAGCUUCCCCAACAAAGCAUACUUAUACCCAACUUUUUGGUCUUCUUGAGAAGAACUCCAUUUUUGGGUUUCCAUUUUCAAAAUGGAAGAAAAGGAUAGCACGAUAUCUGGGUCAUUAGGCAACUCCGACACUGACUCACCAUCUGCACCAGUGAGUAGCCUGGUGUUGCCUCAGGUCAUGAACAUGGACAUGAAUAUGAACAUCACCAUGAGCUUGGAAAGAAACCUUGAUACUGCAGCAACAGCUGAGGGGGUAGGAGCGGCUGGAGCAAUAAUAAGUGCAGCAACAGCAAUUCCAGGACCAGGUGGAGGAAUAGUAGGGAGUCCUGGAAGUGGAACUGGGCUUGAUUCUUUAGGAAAGAAAAAGAGAGGGAGACCAAGAAAAUAUGAUGCAGAUGGCAAGCUCAGGUAUCCGUAUCCAGCAAUGACAACUUCGCCUACUGGCUUCACUUUAUCUCCUUCUUCUCCUACUGAGUUCUCCUCUUCUAAGAGAGGUAGAGGCAGGCCUCCUGGUUCAGGCAACUGGCAGAUUCUUGCUUCUCUAGGUGAGUUGUUUGCUAACACGGCUGGAGGGGACUUCACGCCACAUGUGGUCACCGUUAAUACUGGGGAGGAUGUUGCAGGAAAAAUUCUUUCAUUUUCGCAGAAGGGUCCUCGUGGGAUUUGUAUUCUGUCAGCUAAUGGAGCUGUUUCUAAUGUUAGUAUUCGGCAACCUGGUUCAUCUGGCGGGAUUUUAACAUACGAGGGUCGCUUUGAGAUAUUGUCCUUAACUGGUUCGUUUACAGUCAUUGACACUGGUGGUGUAAAAAGUAGAACUGGUGGGUUGAGUGUUUCAUUAGCUGGGCCAGAUGGUCGUGUGCUAGGUGGUGGGCUUGCUGGUAUAUUAGUGGCUGCUAGUCCUGUACAAAUUGUGGUAGGAAGCUUCAUGCCAAAUGGAUACAAAUUGCAUAAAAGGAAGCACUAUCGUGAUCAGCAGACGGUGGCAUCCACAGUCGCUGCUUCUGCUGCUGCUCCUUCAGCCAUAGUGACAGCAGCAAGGCCAAUCUCACAAGCAAAACCUGAUGGUGAGAACUGUAUGACACCAACGUUCCCCUUUCCAGGGGAAAGCCUUGGGGAAGCAGAUAAUAACACAAUUGACAAACGUAUACCGAAUGCUGCAGCCUCGCUUGUAGCUGGUUGGAAGGGCUCCUCAGAACCUACAUCAAUCCAUUGGCCAUCCCCUGAUAUUAACGUGUCUGUGACUAGUGAAUAGGUGUCCAAGGUUACUGUCGGAGGCUGACGUGAUAAACUCAUUGAAACUAAUUUUAUUCACUUUAUCAUUUGUAACAAUUAGAUCUAGUGAGAAUUUUCUACCUUUAUGUCUGAUGUCUGAUAGGCAGAUUGAACUUUUCUUAUGUAUUUUGCUGGAGGUCAGAGAGCUAGGUUGUCAAAGCAUGUUUAUUUACAGAAGGGUUGAUACCAAACUAAAUUUAGACAGAUCAAUUAUUUUAUGUUGGUAACAUUUUUCCUGUUGUUCACUGUUACAUUUUUAUUUUGUAAAAGGGAGAUCUCCUCCAC